AUGCAACAACAAGAAGGAAGAAACGUAGACUUUCCCGAAUCACUGAUAAAACUCUAUGCUUUGGAUUUGAUUUCCUUUGCGAGUGAGAGUUUGGGAAGAAAUUUAUCAUCGGAAGUAAAAUCAUUAAAUAUCAAUUCGAGUAUUGAUGAUUUCCAAGAGGCUUGUAUUCAAGUGGGUACAUUGUGGAGAAAUAAUUGUGCAAGUGGUGGAGAGGAAUUUCAAAACAAGUUGAUGAAUGAAGGAAUUUUGUUUUUCUGUUUACAAAUUUUAAAGAAUUAUUUUGAUAAUAUGGAACGGUGGGAAGAAUUUGAUUCGAGAAAGACUGCUCUAAUUCUUUUUCAAGUAUUGGCUAAUGCCAUGACUGGAAACAAGCCAAUUCAAAUUUAUUUGUACGAAAUUUCGGAUUGCAUUUUCUUUAAAGAGAUUAUUCCAAAGGCAUUAUUGUUGGGAAAGAUUUUUACAAAUGUUGCUUGCAUGUCAAUUUAUAAUAGUAUUGCAAAGGGAAAUUUACAAAUAGAAUUUGAAUUUUUCAGCAAUAGAGAACUCAUGAUUCAACUUUUGGAGAGAUUGUACGAAACUAAACAUACCAAGGAAUGGGUAUUUUUGAUUUACAAAAAGUAUUUCCUUAGUAAGGCCUAUUUGAAUGAAGAGAGUGAAGAUUUCUUUUUCCAUGGAGAGGAAACUUGUAGACUCAUGCUGGAAGAAAUUGAAAAAUCAGCUGAUGAAGCUCUCUUAUUGGACUUGUUGGAAAUUAUUGAUCAAUUCUCGAAUGAGGAAGUCCAAGCUAAGGAACCAACACCAGCAGCUGGUACUUACAAAUCAUUGAUUGAAUUCUGUGUUCAAAUUAUUAAUAUUUUAAGAGAAAAGUUUCUUCCUGGAGAGACUGGUACUAUUGGUAUACUGACCUAUAAGCAAUUUGAGUGUUUAUUUGUUUCUUUGGAGUGUCUCUCUAACUUGAGCAGUCUUUUGAUAUUGUCAUCUGCAAAAUCUGCAGAAAUUGAAUUGAGAACUGAAUGUAUGGCCGCAAUGUUGACUCUCCUUGGAUUGUCAUGUGCUGUUAAGGAGUUGAAACAGGAAGGUUCUGGACUUUGCAUUGACAUUUUCGAACAUGCAGGUCUUUUAGUAUUUGAAGAUGAAGAGGAUGAAGAAAAGAAGGGGAUGUAUUUGGGAUACAAGACUCUUCUCAUUAGAACUAUUGCAAACUUGACAUUCAAAUCUAGAGAAAUCCAAGACUUUGUGAGAGAACAAGAAGGCCUUCCAUUAUGUUUGAGUUGUUGUGGUGUUCAAGAACAACAUCCAUACUUGAGAGAAUGGGGUGUAUUUUGUGUGAGAAAUUUGUGUGAAGAUAAUGAGGAAAAUCAAAAGUUUAUCAAAGAUAUGAAUUUGGAAGGUAUCGAUGCUCAGUCAGAGGAAAUUUUGGCCAAGCAAGGAUUUAAGGCCAACGUUCAAAAUGGUAAAAUUAAUUUGGAAAAGAUUGAUAAGAGUGAACAAGGUGAAGAAAAGAAACCAGAAGAACCAGAAGAAUCAAAACAAUUAUAA